AUGGUGGACGGAUGUUUCGCUGUGUGGUUUGGCUUCCGGCUCUCGCUUGUUCUUGUGUGCCGUGAGAAGCAGAGAAAAGAGGCGUCUCGUCUCCAAACCGUCAAUCGAAAGCUAACUGCUAUGAACAAGCUCCUGAUGGAGGAGAAUGACCGCUUGCAAAAGCAGGUGUCACACUUAGUUUAUGAGAAUGGAUACAUGCGUCAACAGCUUCAUAUUCUACGCCCCAUCUCGAGCGCAGGACUUCCUAGUGCGCAGUUCACUGGACGCCGGAGCGCCCAUAUUAGCAUCAGGGCUCCUAUUCCUUUGGAUAUGGGCUCUGGGGCACUCCUACGAGGCUAUGGCUACAUCUCCAACAACAAACUUGUUAGUAUUUUCACAGAACCCUCAUUGUUUCCUGGCUUUGAAAUUUGCAUACAUAGGUUUCAUACUGAUGCUGAUCUAUUCCAAUCCGAGCCUGAUUCUGAACUCCAAGCAACUGAUUCAUUAUUGAAACUCUUGUGGCAUUAUCCUGAUGCAAUCAUGUGCUGUACUCUCAAGUCCUCUCCAGUCUUUACAUUUGCAAACCAAGCAGGGCUCGACAUGCUCGAAACCACGCUCGUCGCCCUUCAGGACAUAACUCUCGAGAAAAUUCUCGAUGACAAUGGCCGCAAGGUUUUCUGCACAGAAUUCUCUAAAAUCAUGCAACAGGGAUUUGCAUAUCUCCCCGGUGGUAUGUGCCUUUCGAGCAUGGGAAGACCCGCGUCCUACGAUCAAGUUAUCGCGUGGAAGGUUCUGGAUGAAGAUGAUGUUCAUCAUUGCUUAGCCUUCAUGUUCAUGAACUGGUCAUUUGUUUAAGACCAGCACCAUCCCUUGUAUGUAUGGGGUUGUUGAAGCCAUGUAGUGCUUGGUUUGCUUCUUUGUCUGCAUUUUGGUGAAUUGGACAUUUUUGCAAGGAUGCCUAUACCCUACAUAAGGUCUGCAUGAAGGAAACCAUGGACAUACUAUUACUAUC